AGCACAGCGGCCGAGCGGCCGAGCGGCCGGGCUGGAGGUGGGAGACGGCCACCACCUCACCAUCGAUCGGCCAUGUCCGGCGGCGACGAGUCGAGCGUGUACCGCGGGGAGUCGCGGCAGCAGCGCCGGCGGCGGGAGCGGGAGCGGGAGCGGGCUGAGGCGAUCGAGCGCGUCAACCGGGUGCCGCUGGCCGACGUGGUCAGGGAGAACGCGCUCGUGCACCUCCCGCCGGCCGCGGCCACGCGCCUCCGCCUCGUGCACCCGUCGUGGGGGCGCCGCGUGUCGUCCCCGCUCUUCGCCGUCGCUCACGCGGCCGCCCCGCGGAGGAUCUCGGGGGUGUUCGUCCCGGAGGCGGGGUUCCUCCCCUUCGACGGAGACGACACCGUGCCGUCCCCUUCGCUCUCGUUCGUGCCCGCCUCGUCGGAACUCGUCGUGCUGUCCUCGUCACGCGGGGUCGCCUGCUGCUUCUCCCCCGUCGACGACGCGUACGCCGUGUGCAACCCGGCCACGGCGUCGUGGACGGCCGUCCCGACCCCGCCGCACCGGUCAUGGCCGCGUCCCGCGAUCGUCGUGAUCUUCGACACGAGCGCUUACAACUUCCGCGGCGACUUCACGCUCGUCUGCCCCUUCGAGCCAGCGCCGGAGUCCAGCGUCUACUGCUUCCAGGUGUUCACGUCCGGGACCGGCACGUGGUGGGUCACCGACGCGAUGACACCAGCCGAAGGGCUCGUCGCCGCGUCGGGCGUGGCGGCCGGCGGCACGGCGUGGUGGCGGACGAGCAUCGGCACGGCGGUGGGGUACAACCCUGUCACGAGGCGCGUCGAGCUCGUGACGUGCCCCGGCGACAGUGGCCAGUGGGAGAUCGGGUCCGCCGCGGGCAGGCUCCACUGCACCGUCGUCGACGGCGACGACGUGGUGGUGUUCCGGCUUCAGGAGCACGGAAUCUGGGAGGAGGCCACGAGGGUGGGCGUCGCGGAGAUACUGCGACCGCCUCAGCCGGAGCCAGCGAGGUUGACGAUCACCUCCGCAGAGCUCGUGUCGUCCCAGCAUCUCUCGCGCGCCGUUGCCGCCGCGCCGGAGGACGGAGUGCAGCUGCUGGGUUUCCAGGGCGCGGAGGUGGAGGUGGUGGUGCUGGCCGGGAGGCGGCUGGUGGCGUUCGACACAGGGACGCGGCGGCGGCGUGAGGUCGCCGUGCCAGACGAUGUGGACGCGGCAUGGAACGGCGCAGAGUACGCCGCGCACACGAACACCCUCGCGCUGGUCGCGCCCGCCAUUCUCGCGGCUGAGCCGCCGCUCGCGGAGCCGCCGGCUGAUGAGGAGGCCACGUCAUCUUAGCGAAUCCUACGGCGGCUCGCACUCAGGAGAUCGAUUAUUUCGUCUUGAGGAUAAUCUUAAGUUUUUAAUCGUGAAAUUUCGUUUGAGAAAUUCAACUUGCAAGUUGAAAUGGGUGUGUAGAUUAGAUAAGUUCUCUCUCUUUUUUCUAUUUUUUUUUUUGCGAGGAUUUCUCUAUUUUCUGGCGAGAUAUCUGCGAGUUGAGCUUGUCAAUGUAGUUUUCUGGUUAAGCAGCUCAACUUGACCUUGAUCUAUGCUUGACAAAAAAAGUAGGGGAAUGAUUAGCUAUGUGUACGAAUACGCAAACAACAUUUUGUUGUGUUGUGAAUGAUCGUUAAUUUGCAUGGUUGCAGUUAGUUCAAACUUGAAAGGGACAAAAUCGAUGUUG